AUGAAGGGACAGAAGUCCCACAACCCCACCUUCUUUGCCAAAAGCCCAGCUCCACUGCAGUGCUCUCUGAGUGAGGACCACAGAGCUGAUGUGCUGCUGCUUCUGGAUAGAUUCAACCACAUCAGUUCAGAAGAUUUCUCCAAAGUGAAGGAUUUCCUGGUGGCUCUGGUCCAGAUCCUCGGUGUGGUUGGUCUUGAUUCGGUUCAGAUUGCUCUGGUGAAGUGUGGUGGAAAACCUGAGAUUGAGUUUUACCUGAACACUUAUCACGAUCUGCCCUCUGUGGUCAGUGCAGUGAGGAAGAUCUCACAAAGUCCUGCUUCUCCUGGAAACCUGACCACUGACGCUGUGGAAUCUGUUGUGGAAACAAUUUUCCACACAGACCAAGGAGAUAGACUCAGUGCACCUGAUGUUCUGAUUGUGAUCAGUGACAGGAACUCAUCGAGCAUAAACAGAGACACUGUCAAGCGUUUUUGGUCAUUAAGUGCGAAAGUGUUUAUAGUUGGAGUUAAAGGUGCAGAUUACAGUGAGUUAAAGGACAUUGACAUGGAUCUUGAUAAGCCUGAAUUCUACACUGUAAAAGACUUUAGUGGUUUUUCAAACACUUUGAGAGAAUUAACUCAGUCUUUUUGUCGUUGGAUCAAACAGAAGCUGGACCAGCCAAAGCCUGAAUCUCUGAGUUUCUUCGACAUUCAGCCGAGGAGAGCUCGUGUCUCAUGGACUUUUAGUGGCAGCAGCGAGGUGUGGGAGUUUAGUCUAGAAACAAAACCUUACACAAAGUUGGUAGCUGUCCCAGGAUAUGAACGAACUACAGAACUCCUCCACCUGAAGCCAAACACUUCUUACGAAAUCUUUAUCAGCGCAUUCAGGUCUGGAUGGAGUGCGUCUGUGACCGGACGUCUAACCACACCGCCAGACUCGAUGCGGUUGAGCGGUGGUCCAGGCCGGUGCUCUGGUUCUCUGGAGGUGCACACAGACCAGUUGUGGAGCUCAGUGUGUGCAGAGGGCUUUGGUCAGACUGAGGCUGAAAUAAUCUGCAGGGAACUGGAUUGUGGAGGAGUGUCUGACCUCCAGGGGGCGCUGAUUACAGAGGGAUCUGUUGUGGGGAGGUCCUUUCACUGCAGUGGAGCAGAGGCAGCACUGAAGGACUGUGAGAGCUCUGAGACGCUCUGCUCAGCUGCUGCCAACAUCACCUGCACAGAUGAUGUUCUGUUGUGGCUCAAUGGACAUCACUGUUAUGGUUUCCUGCAUCUGAGACACCAGGACCAAUGGAGACCAGUGAUGACUUCAGACCAGGAUUUGGAUUUGGACUUUGGCUCUGCUCUGUGUCAAAACCUGGGCUGUGGUUUGGCAGUUAAAUUUUCUUAUUUCUCUAAUAUCGAGCCUUUCUGGUGGCUGGACCCUGAGUGUGUGAAGAGGAGAGUUGUCCUCCGAGACUGUCUCAUCUCCAACAAGACCCAGGACAAAAAGAGUCUGUGGCUGAUCUGCUCAGACUUCUACCCUGGUGUCAAGACGUUGGUCUCCUCAGAGGGAGUUUUUCAGUCCAGGGGGCACAGGGCUCUUGUGAGGUCCGGUGCAGACUUCAGUGUCUCCUGCUUUUUAGAUAAACCAUUCUACUCUGUUUUUUUCCACCUGCUGGCUCCAAGUGGGAAUUACACCCUGCCAUCUGUCAAUCACUCUGCACACUUCCUGUUCACAGCCUUUGGUCCUGAACACACAGGGAACUACACCUGUGGUUACAGUGAAGAUAAUUCAAGUGAAAUCAUGAAGAACGUGACCCUGUACAUCGGCCGUGGAGUGGCAGACUCAGACCUGCUCCUGAGAGCCGGGAUCCAUGUUCUCAUCCUGCUCAUCUCCACCACUGCACUGUACUUCUACUGCCAGGCCAAAGCACGGAAACAACGUGGACAACGGCGAUCUGCUCAUCUCCAUCUUCAGUGAAAGGCCAAUAUGAGCCACGUCUUGGGUUAUUAUAAUAUUAAUGUUUUCUUCAUUGGUGCAUUUCACUCUUUCACUAUUUUCUUUCCAACCUCCUUUUCAUAACUCCAACCCAGCUUCAUUCUCACCGUGAGUAGGUUCUCCUCUCCACAGAACUGGCCUGUAACAUGGCCUAGGGUUUGUGUUAGUUACAUUGUGCCUCUUUAACUUAUUCUCUGUUAUAAUAUUGUUUCCACGUCAAAACAUCCCUGGAGUUUAGUUUAGUUUCAUUCACACAUGUCCAUCAAAAUCUGUGUAUCAUUCGUUCAUUUGUUUUUCAAUAUAAAACCAAAAAUAAAACCAUUAUGUGUCUCCAAAA